CCCUCCCCCACCUGCCGUCCAAAGCCGUGCUGCCAGAACCACUGCCUACUGUCGUAAGAUUGCUCGGAAUGUGGUCGCAAUGGCAACGUCUACUGGAGAGGUUGCAACUGCUACAGAGGCCUCAUCAGCUGAUAUGGCAACCACUGAGCUACCAUCUGAGCUUCUCCAAAAAAUUCAAGAAGCUUGGGACAAAGUUGAUGAUAAGUACGCAGUCAGUUCACUUGGUGUUGCUGCAGUACUUCUACUAUGGAGCUCCACUGGAGUUAUCUCGGCAAUUGACAGGCUUCCUCUGAUUCCUGGUGUUCUUGAGCUUGUAGGAAUUGGUUACACCGGUUGGUUUGCUUACAAGAACUUGGUCUUCAAACCAGACAGAGAAGCUUUGAUAUCAAAGAUCAAGGACUUGUACAAGGAAAUAAUUGGGAGCAGCUAAAGGGGAAUAGAGUCCGGAUGCUGCUGCAGAAACAUGGUCAAAAUAGAUUUCAGUUGAGCAAUCUUGCAGCUUUGCUCUUUGAAAUGUAAACUCUGCUUUGUUCUUUUGCUGUCUUAAUAUUCUAACAGAAUAAAACUCAAAUGAACCAUGUCUAUAUAUUGCUUAUUUGUACAUUGUCUUUUCAUUCUUUCAC